GGUAAGCUCUGUCAUUGCCAGUGGCCAUAAAAAUGACCACAACGAGCUCGAAGGUAGCGCGCAUAAACAACGCGAUCUCACUAUUUAGCAAUUGUUUAAACGUUAUUCCGAUCGUGUUUACCUACGCGAGUGCGACAUGUAAACAUGGAGUUUAUAACUUAGCGGGCGUUUUAUAAUUUAUAAAUAGAUUUAGCUUCGUAUCGACAAAACAAGCAAAAUAACCUCAAAUGUGCUUCACUAUUAGUUUUCGAAAGAACAUUCAUCCAAAUGAGAACGAAGAAUUUUUUAAUUGGCUUGCUAAGUUUAGUGGCGGUUAGCGUAGUGUUAAUUAUAUUUGGUCAGCAGAAGCCGAAAGCAAUACAGAACAUCGUCUCGACGACGCAUGAACAAUUCAGGCAUUUUAAGGUAACUUUGACAGAAUCUGGCAGUAAGACAUUGGCAGUAGAUGAGAAGUACCUAAAGCUGUUGGGGUUGGCAGAGAAGAAUACACCCAUUUAUCCACAAAAUGUGUGGCAUAACACUUCAUUACCAGUUAUAGUCACCUAUGUGACUGAGGACAGGGAGAGUCAAGCCAUUGGAUUGAUAAACAAUGUUGCAAGGAUUUUGCCAAAUAACACAAUAUUAAUUUACAAUAUAGGAUUAGGAAAUCAUGGACUCAGAACAUUGUUAAACUAUUGCAACAGUAGCCACUGUCAAGUGAUAACAUUUGCCCUGAGUGAUUAUCCAUCGCACGUCCAAGACGUGAAUUUACACGCCUACAGACCGAUAAUAAUUCAGGAUGCUUUACAACAUACAGGAAGCGUGCUGUUUAUGGAAGCUUCAAAGCGAUUUCAUCGACACGUGACCGCUGAGGCGUUGAUGGAGCUGCGCGACACUGUCACGAAAGGCACGGCGAUCAUCGCCUGGCCGAUGGAAUCGAAGAACGCCGUCUCGACGUUGACGCACAAGAAGAUGUUCGACUACUUCCACACCGACACGGACAACUUCUUGUUCCUUCCGAUGGUAUCGGCGGACGUGCUGCUCGUGGUGAACACGGGCGGUGUCCACGCCGAUAUCAUGCUACCGUGGGUACAGUGCGCGCUGACACCCGACUGUAUCGCCCCCAUUGGCGCGCAGUCCGCCGGCUGCCGUUUUGACAAGAAGCCGCAGUAUCGCUACUCUGGCUGCCACAGCUACGACACCUCGGCGCUGAACAUCGUUCUCGGUAUCAAGUUCAAGCUGGAGUACAGCAGGUAUACUUAUCAGUCGGAGGGUGUGUCGUUCGUGAGCGUGCCUCUGGAAAUGGCGCAGCAUGCGCUUAUGGGGCUCGAGCUGAACACCACAACUGAAGGCGAGACGAAGCGGAGUUAUUAAUGAUUUCAAUUCCCAGUGCAUCUAGGACCAAAAAAAGUUGUGAUAUCUCUUUUACGUUCAACCUGCGUUGCUCGUCUAACUUAUUUAUUUUUACUAUACGCGCGUUUCUGUUCUUGUUUCUUUCGUAAUGCAUACGUUAUUUUUACAUUCAUACGCAUGAUAAGGAAAAGACAAUUUGUCAUACAAUAUGUGCUCUGUGAUCUAUGUCGUAUUGAUAUCCCGGAUUCAAUAAAUUGCACAAUGAUUAAAUAACAUAAA